UUGAGCGUUCAUGCGAGAACGCGGGUGAAUUUGUUGUUGUCCACUUGUCGGGUAGUUUUGUACCCAAUUCCACCGGGAUGGCAUUCAUGUAGCAAGGCCAGACAGCAGACUGGGAAAGAACAUACCACAGCUUUAUUGGAUGAACGUUAUCACUAAGAUUCUCCACCAAAUAUAUCCUACAUCCCGCAGUACUAGUCACGAGUUGAUACGGUAGCCCGAACGUGGAUGAGAUGAACGAUGAGGCACUACAAGAGACCCCCUGCUUAAUGGAGCCAGGACAGCUGAAUACAGAAACUGGCAUUACGAAGCGGGACCAAUGGGCAAGAAAAACGGAGUUCCUCAUGUGUGCUAUAAGUGGUGCUGUAGGUAUUGGGAACAUAUGGAGGUUUCCGUAUCUGUGCUACAAGAAUGGUGGGGGUGCUUUCUUGGUACCUUACCUGGUGUUUCUAGUGUUGGUUGGAUUACCGAUGUAUAUAUUGGAGAUAGGCCUGGGACAAUACAUGCAAAAGGCUGGAUUUGAAUUAUGGAACAUUUGUCCUUUAUUUAAAGGCCUUGGCGUAUCAGCUAUAUUCAUUAUGUUCUUUGUGAACAUUUUUUACGUAAUGGUUCUGAAUUGGAGUGCUUUUUACUUUGUCAUGAGUCUGACGUCAGAGCUACCCUGGGCUACCUGCGAUAAUGAAUGGAACACUCCGAUGUGUGUCACAGGAGCAAAAAGUAAUUCCUCAAACACAAGCAUAACAGUGGAUUCCACAGUAGAGUUUUGGAGACAUCGGACCCUCCAGAUGUCUGACAGUAUCGAAUCACCAGGCGGUAUGGUCAUGGAACUGGUCAUGUGUUCCCUGGUCGUGUGGAUAGUGUCGUAUCUGUGUGUCUGCCGGGGAAUCAAAGUCACGGGAAAGGUAAUGUAUGUGACCACACUCUUUCCCUACGUGAUACUGACAAUCCUCCUCAUACGUGGAGUCACAUUAGAUGGAGCGAAAGAAGGCAUCAGGUUUUACCUGGAACCGAAUUUCACACAUCUUCAAAAUUAUCAAGUUUGGAUUGACGCUGGGACACAGAUAUUCUUCUCACUAGGAUUAACGCUUGGAGCAUUGCAGAUGAUUGGUUCUUACAACAAAGUACAUCAUAACUUCUACAGGGACUGCUUCGUCAUUGCCGCCAUCAAUAGUCUCACAAGUAUAUAUGGAGGAUUUGCAGUCUUUUCUAUCCUUGGAUUCAUGGCAAAAAGUCAAGGAUUACCGAUUUCUGAAGUAGCUGAUGCAGGCCCUGGUCUCGCUUUCAUCACGUACCCUAAAGCUGUCACACAGAUGCCGUUAGCUCCAUUCUGGUCUGGUUUGUUCUUUUUGAUGCUUUUCACAGUUGGCCUUGGCAGUCAAAUUGUCGGCAUUGAGGCUGUUGUUACCCCUAUAGUAGAUCUCUACCCCCGGAGACUGAGGACAGUAAAAGGGAAGUUGAUAUUCUACGGCAUGUUUUGUGUUGUUUCAUUUCUAUUGGGAUUUGUCUUCCUAACUAAGGGUGGAAUAUACGUGUUUAAUCUCGUGGAAUAUUACGGCGCCAGUGGCAUGCUGCUUGUGUGGCAACUGAUGUGGGAGGCUAUAGCGAUAGGAUGGGUAGUCGGGGAUGACUAUUUCUACGAUGCCAUGGAGUACAUGCUGGGCUACAGGGUCGGACCGUGGGCCAGAAUUUCUUGGAAAUACCUUACCCCAACCUUAAGUAUAGCUCUGCUAGUCCUUCAAGGACUUCAUUUCAAUUUGUUGUCUGGAGCUGAGGGCUAUGAGUAUCCGGUCGGAGCACAUGCGUUUGGAAUUAUAUUAGGCCUCGUACCCAUAGUAAUAUUGAUGAUUGUUGCUAUUUGGCAGAUACUGCGUGCAUCCGGAUCCCUAGUACAGAGACUGAAGACAAUAUCGACCCCUGUAUAUGAUAGGUCACAGCACGCCUCCAGCACCAAUGGCGAGUUUACACAAAAACGCAAUUUGAUAGGUUUGAUGGACAUUAACAUUUGAUCUUAUUCUGUGUAUUUCGUAACAGACAAACACAGCGAGGACUUCUAGUACAAAAAAAAAUGUCUGCCUUAUUCAUCUUGAUAUUAAGUUAUAUUAGCAAAAUGAAAAUAUAGUAAAUACUGCCUCAUUUCGAGCCCUGUCUCUCAGAAAGCAAGAACUGACAAGACCCCUAACAAUUAGUCUUCAAUAAAUGUUUUGUCUCCAUAUACCAGGCAUUUGUAUUAUCAAUUAAACGGUGGGGAUGUCAAUGCUUUCGAUGUUUUGUCCAGGGACAAGGUGUCCUCAUCCCCUUUUCAUAAACCAUGAUUCUGUCUUUAUACGUUUAGAGAUUGCAACUAUUUUUGUAGUUUCUGUUGAUCGGUUACAAAAUAAAAAAAAUAAAAAUCUUGAAGAGUAACAGGCCAAUCGGACAACUUGAUUAUC